AUGUUAUCUGAGCAAACUGUGGACGACUAUCUCUGGCGUCUCAAGUGGAUUUUGGCCAAAGCGUCGAAUUUUGGUGACGGUUUGCUUAUCCGUCCCCCUAUCCCCCUGACUCCCAGGCGCCCAAAGUUGUACUGGUUUAUUCGAAAUGGACAUCACUCGCUUGAUAGCCGAAAACCCCUUCCCCCCACUUUCUUCAUCGCGAUCACUUUUCCUCCUGUAAGCGAUAGAUCCUUGAUCCAGGCGUCUCCUUUUCACUGGUCUUGCUCCAUUCUUGUCUUCCCCGAGUUUGCUAAGGUAGCAAGCAAAUUGAAUAUAUGA